CACACCAUGGAUUUUACCCCUCUUGCCAAGACAGAGUUCACAGAUUCCAGCUUCACCUAUUGUUCAUGUUCCGGAAACAGUUCAGGCAGCAAUGGAGAAAGAAUUACGAAUUCCAGUGGUCACAAACCAGGCAUCCAAGACAACCAGACAGAAAAAGAAGAAACCCAUUCAAAGGAAACCAAACAACCAAAAAAGGAGAAAAGUAAGAGUUUUCAUGGUACAGAAAACAAUGACAAUUCCAAUUGUGGACGAAAGGAAGAGGCAUUUCCUAUGGAAUAUAUUCUUAAGUGUCUUAGAACUGUUCAUACUGACCUUCUUCCAAAUUUUUGUUCUAGUUUUGUCAGUUUUGUUGAACAUGAUGUGUUAUUGGAUCUUAAUGAAAUAUAUUUAUGUGUUGAUAGCUGAAGUUAUAUUUACUCAUUUAGGACGAAGCCUUGCUUAUAGGCAUGUUGAACAAAUGCAAUUUUCAAUGUUAAUCUGCUUUGAUUUUAUCGGUAAAUCUCAUCUGUUGGGUAAGUAGUGUUAAAUUAUUGCCUUUUUUUGCACCACUGCAUUUGAACAAGCAAAUGCUAGAACUAGCAGAAAUGUGUCUUAGUUUAAAUAAUUAUGAUGCAAACAGUAUGAUGUCACAGUUGAGGUUAUUUUGGUGUAGAUUUUUAUGUUGCAAAUGUCUUAUCUUACUUUGAAUUUUAACUAAGGAGAAAAUUGAUUAUUGUUAAAUAUUUGUUUUCAACCAAAAGCUUGUGAAUAUACAGUUAUGAUAUUUGACUUCAGGAUUGGCAUCCGGCCAUUGUAAGUGCACAUUAACUUAAACUUAUGCCUUGGUCGUAAUUAAUUAGUUAAUAUUAUACAGUUAAAAUAUUCAAAUGAGCAAAGACCAUAACACAUAUAAUAAUUGAGUGAUUCCCAGUUUCAAUUGUAAAACGAAUUAUCAGCUGCGG